AUGGAGACAGACAAUGAGACUAUCACCACAGAUUUUAUUCUCCUGGGGCUCUGGCCUGAGUUGAGCCACCUUGUGAUCCUCAUGUGCAUCAUUCUUCUGGUCUACUUUGUAGCUGUGAUGGGCAAUGCUGUUCUCAUUCUCCUCAUAUGGUUGGAUUCUCGACUCCAUUCCCCCAUGUACUUUCUGCUCAGUCAACUGUCACUCAUUGAUUUGACUUUGAUUUCAACUUCUGUCCCUAAAAUGGUCACAAACUUCUUCUCAGGGAAAAGAACCAUAUCACAGAUUGGCUGUGGAACCCAGAUCUUCUUCAGCUUAACCUUGGGGAUUGCUGAGUGCCUCUUGCUUACCCUCAUGUCCUAUGACCGCUAUAUUGCCAUCUGUAACCCUCUGCGGUACUCAGUCAUCAUGAGUCACACGAUCUGUACACAGAUGGCCAUUGGGUCCUGGGUAGGAGGGGCAGUAACUUCCCUGAUUCAUACAGUCUAUGCUAUGCACUUCCCCAUCUGUCAUCCCCGAGAGAUUCCUCAUUUUCUGUGUGAGGUCAUGGCCCUCCUGAAGCUCACUUGUGAAGACAUUUCAGCCUAUGUAAAGUCAGUGGUAGUCUCAAGCUUUCUGGUGGUCCUCAUUCCCCUGAGUCUCAUCCUGAUCUCCUAUACUCUCAUCUUCCUUACUAUCCUCCACAUGAACUCCCCAGAGGGCAGAAACAAAGCUCUGGCCACCUGUUUCUCCCACCUCUGUGUGGUAAGCCUCUACUUUGGCCCUGCCAUAUUGGUCUACAUGAGGCCUGACUCCUCUAAGACCCCCAAAUUAAACCAGUCUCUCUUUAUGUUCAAUGCCAUCUUUACUCCUAUGCUUAACCCUCUCAUCUAUAGCCUGAGAAACAAGGAUGUCAUAGUAGCUAUGAAGAGUAUUAUCAUACGUAGAUGUCCUCUGGGAAGGAUGAAAGCCUGUACUCAUUUAUAA